UGAAAUCAUUUGCGCAUUGCACUUUGAAGAGUUCGGUUGUAAUUUGUGCUGAGUGUGUUGUGUGUGUGUGUUUUGCAGUUUACGUUUUAUUAACUGCGUUGUGGGUGUGUCAAUGUGUCGUGUAUUCACCUAAGCAUUGUAAUUGCAUGCAAAUUAAAAAUCCAAGCAAUUAGUGUUAUUGAUUGAAUUAAAAAGAUAUAAAAAUGUCAAAGGAUUUGGAUAUUGAGCAGGCGGCACAGGUGACGGCGACGGCGACAGAGACAGCGUCGAUUGAGGUGCCAGCCAAGCCAGUUGUUGUUGUGGAGCUAAAGACAGAGCUAAAGCCAAGUGCGGCAAAUGGGGAUAACAAUAGCCAGCAGCAAGAUGCCGCAGCAACAACAAUAACAACAGUGACGACGACGACAACAACAGCAACAGCAGAACCAAUGCAGCCAAAAAUUGAUGUUGUCGAUGCAGCUGCAACUAAAGGCGGCACCAAGUCCAAUAUGGAUCCAGCGCUGAUUAACUUCAGGGUGCUCUAUGUGGUCACACAGCUCUGUGGUCUGACUGUCAUUGUGCUGGUGGGCACCUUGAUUGGUCAGCACUUUGGCGGACUGGGAGGCACGGCUAAUCCCAAGCAGGAGUUCAAUUGGCAUCCAUUAUUUAUGACCAUUGGCUUUAUCUAUCUGUAUGGCAAUUCCAUAUUGGUGUAUCGCGGCUUUCGCACCACGCGCAAGAAGACGCUUAAGCUCACCCACGCUGGCAUCCAUAUGGCCGCCUUCAUCUUAACGGUGAUUGCGCUCAAGACUGUCUUCGACUCGCACAAUCUGGCCGAUCCGCCCAUACCCAAUAUGUAUUCGCUGCAUUCGUGGCUGGGCCUGUCAGCGGUAUUAAUCUUUUGUCUGCAAUAUGUGGCUGGUUUCAUGGCCUUUCUAGUGCCGGGCAUGCGUGAGAAUUAUAAGAUUGCCCUAAUGCCGUUGCAUGUCUAUUUCGGUUUGUUUGGCUUUGUGCUGGCCAUUGCCAGCGCUUUAAUGGGUUUGACUGAGAAGGCCAUAUUUGCAAUUCCCAACUAUGCCACGCUGCCUGCUUCGGGUGUGCUGACCAACAUUAUUGGCGUACUCUAUGUCAUCUUUGGCUCACUUGUUGUUUACCUGGCCACCGAUCCCGCUUACAAGCGCAAGCCCAUACCAGAGGACACCGCACUGCUCACUGGUGCCUCGCAAGAGUAAAAAGCUAUAACAAAAAGAAAACUGUGCACAAAACAAACAUUUUUGACGUUACUACCAGAAAAAAGUAUAAAAAAUAACGCG